AUGGGACAAAAAGGACAGUUUGUGCUGGUCCCUCUACACCGUGACGCCUUCGGGAGCCGGACAGGCAGCGAAUUGGCCGAAGCAUCUCUCGGGUCGGUGUCGGACCGAGGGCUGCUCGCUCUCCUCGGUUCGGAAUUAUUAACGCAGACUUUCUGGAACCGAAGCUCGGGGGAAGCAAAAGCAUCAAGGGCUACGAGUCUGGCCGCGGCUGAGCGCGCCACCAGAGCGCUCCGGAGGCUCGGUGCCGGCGGGGCAGUGCCGGAGCCCCGCUCCCCGCGGAACGAGCGCAAGUGCGUGGGGGAGGCCUACAGCCUGCUGGGCGAGUACGGGGACCUGCUCUACGGGCCCGAGCAGUUUUCAGAUCACGAGGAGAGGCUGUCUGGAAGCGACAGGGAGGAGGAUGAGGAUGAUGUGGAGGCGGCUCUGAAGAAGGAGGUUGGCCAGAUCCGUGCCUCGACGGAGCAGAAGCUGCGGCGCUUCCAGUCGGUGGAGAGUGGUGCCAACAACGUGGUGUUCAUCAGAACGCAGGGCAUAGAACCUGAGAACCUGGUGCAUCAUAUACUAAAGGAUAUGCACACCACUAAAAAGAAGAAAACAAGAGUCAUUCUGCGCAUGCUGCCCAUUUCUGGAACUUGCAAGGCUUUUAUGGAAGACAUGAAAAAAUACACAGAAACGUUUUUUGAGCCUUGGUUUAAAGCCCCUAACAAGGGUACUUUUCAGAUUGUUUACAAAGCUCGUAAUAACAGCCAUAUGAGUAGGGAAGAAGUAAUUAAGGAACUGGCAGGAAUUGUGGGCAGCCUCAAUCCUGAAAACAAGGUUGAUCUUAAUAAUCCACAAUACACAGUUGUGGUGGAAAUAAUAAAAACCGUCUGUUGCUUAAGUGUGGUGAGGGACUAUGUUCUGUUCAGAAAAUACAAUCUGCAGGAGGUGGUGAAGAGCAACAAAGAAGAUGCACAGCAGAACCCAUCAAGUCUGACAGAAGAGCAGAAUUCAGAGGUGGUUAAAGCAGAAACUGAGGAGGAGGAGAAGAGCUCGAAAGAAGUAAAAGAAGAGAACAAGAAUCAAAGUGAAAUAGAAUCUGAGCCCAAGGGGAAUGAUGCUCUUACAGUGUAGAAAAUGUGAUAUAAGGGAAAGGUAAACAUACUCAUAAACACAUAAAAAAAAGUUGCCCUGGAGUUCUGAAAGGGUGUUGGAAUGAGGAGAAGGGGUUUUGUUUUGAAGUCCUGGUUUUAAAAUCCACAUGUGUAAGAAUUUUAAUGCUCAUUGCGGGUGGAACUCACAUUUCAGCAGAUGCAAGGGUGCUCAAGAGUGCAUCACCUUUCUGGUGAAGCUUGCUAUCCUCCUGCAGCUCUGUUCUGCAUUUCCUGUACCUGGCACACAAGCAGGGGUCUGUGCAUGUGUAUCUAGAUGUGGCCAGCCUGGCAUGUAUGAACUCUUUGUUCUGUCUGGAGGCUGCAGAAGCCAAAAGGCAGCACAGAAGCAGCUCUGAGCAAUUAUUGUCAGAAGUGAGAGAUCUGGAAAAGAGUUGGUUCCAGAGGUUUUUGGGAAGGAAGUGAGCUGACAGCUGCAGAGCUCAGUAGCGUUUUUCUGUAUGAACAACAGAAUGAGGUAAAUACAAUAAUUUGAUGGAGGGUUUUAUACAUGUAUUCAUAAAUACACAAGGAUAUGCUGUGUUGACAUGAAUGAGAAGAACUGUUACUAUAUAUAUAAAUACUUGAAUAUUAUGAGAUGAUUUGGAGUAAAAGAUUUGACUGUUUUGGAACAGUAGAAGUACAGUGCAGGCAUUGCUGAUGGUUUUAUCAAAAACUACAUGUGUGUUUACAUUAGCUGUGUAUGCAGCACUUACUGGUUUGUAGUAAAUGCUGUAGUCACUGAAUGGAAUCCUUUUGACUAAUUUCCUGCAGAUAGCCUUUUGCUGCUCUUUCCAAAGACUCAAUCCUUGGGGGAUUUUAUAAAGUGGUUUUUUUUUUUUUCUUAAGUCUCAAAGUUUGAAUUUAAAUAAUGCUUGGAAGCUUCUUACGAAGGAAGCUUGCCAUUAUACUAUACUAGAUAAGGGGAAUUAAAUUUUCAUUUUUGCUACAGUUUUAGAUUUAUGGUAUAAAUUUUGUUUCAGAUUGAAAAUAAUGCUAGUGAGUCUUUCUGUUGUCUUAUUGUUACAGUGGACUGUCCCUGUGACUCCUAAAAACCAAUCAAAACCAGUGCAGCUAUAACUUGCUUUCCAACAGGGUUUUGAGUAUGCUUCUUGUAGAACUUUCUAGCUUUAGUAUUUUAUUUCUAGCAUAAAAGCCUGUGCAUUGCUAAUGGGAAAAGACUUAUCUUGAAGAACACAAUUUGUUACUUGUCUUGGUUUAAUGAAAAGGAUGUGUUCAAGUUUCUCAUAAUUUAUAUUUUCCUCUUCUUUCAAAAUCGUUUCAAAAAUUGGAAAAAGAAGAUGACUUUUUUCCCUAGUCCUGUCUCCCUUGCAACCCAUUUAUUAAAACCCUGCUUUCUUAUGUCCCAUGGUGUCUUCUUUAAAUUUUGGAAGAUUUUUGUGUGUGGAUUAAAAACAUCAGUGUCUGACUCACACAAAGGAAAGAACCAUCUGAGACCAGACACAGAAGCCAACUGUGAAUGUUUAUUGGUGGCUGAUGUUGGUAAUCGUGAUUCAUGACAGCCUACUUACCUUCUAAGGACAAAACUCUGGGUAAUUAGUGGGAGGUUUUGUUUUCUUUCCUCCCCUCUCUCACUGAUCUGCUUGCCUGAUUUUUCACAAUUUGCACUUUCUGCACAUUCAUUGUUUGGACAUUAAUUCCACGGCUUUUACACUCUGCCAUUGCUUUUGGGCUCAGUGGUUCCUCCAUGGUCAGACAGUGCUUCAGUGUUUUGAAUUCAAACCUUCAUGGAUGAACUAUAAAACAUCAUCUCACUUGCAUGAAAAGCCAAAAAAUUGCUGUCACUGUCAGUGCUGAGGAAAGAUGUUACAGUGCCCAGACAUCAGCUGAAGAGGUGAUGGUGGAAUGUGGUGCACUUAAUUUGUCCUAAUGCUGACUUUAACUCAAGGAUCAUCCCUUGGUAUGAAACCCUGGCCUUGAGAUUCGUUCUUCUCCUUGUGCUAGAUUAAAACUCAGAUUGGCUUGAGAAACCUGAAGAUAAUUUCUUUUAAGAACAAGCCAAUCUCACAGCCUCACAGUACUUGCCUUGAGGGUCAGAGCUGUAUAAUUAAAAUAUGAGUUUUCAUGUAAUUCAGUUCAUUUAUCAUUUCAGUUGUGAAAUACAGUAGAGGAGAGCUUUAAGUAACACCAGUAACUCCCACUGAUUGGAAGCAGCAGGUAAUAUACCCUGUGCCCAAAAGAAUCAUGCUGCAAAUCCUUCCUGUGUUAUAUUCCUAUUCAAAGAGCAAUCACCCUGUGGUUAGGCCAUCUUAAAACAGCUAAUCCUGUAAAUCUAAGAGGCUUAGUUUUGUGGCCUGCCUGGAAAACAACAUGAAAUAUGAGUAACUGUUCAUUGUGGGCAUGGUGUUCUUACAUUUACAUGGCGUGGCAUGUAAAAAACAGGUGAAAAAAGCUCUGCCAGGACUGAUGUUUGUUGGCUUGGUGUGCAAACAUUGCCCAUUCCUGCAAGGAAUUCCAGCUCAGCACUCAGCAUGGGCAGCAGAGAAGUCAGGGCAGUUAUCCUGCCUGCUGGGCAGGCCUGUCUAGAGGAUUCCUAAAGACAUUAAAUUCAUUUUACAGUACCCUUUUUAGCCUUUCAUAGUGAAAAGCUAUUCACAGUAACCUUAUCAAGUUUUAGAAAUAUGCAAUAAUUUUGAAUGUAAAGAAUGUUUGUCUUUUA